AUGUCGGACCUCGAGAUAUACAACAAGAUGCGGCUUAAGAAGCCCGAUCUCUCGCAGCCUCAGCCCUCGCUCCCUGAGUACUUCGGCACCUACGCCGAGGACGUCGAGAACUACUGCGAGAUGGUGAGGCAUCGUCACCCGGAGGUGGAUGACCCCAUGAGCGCGGAGGUCGACGAGGAGUCGUUGGUCCUGUCGUCCGGAGGGUUGCCGCAUGGCCGUCUCGCCAUGCUGAACAAGGCCGUCAAGCAUACCCUCACCACGACCUUCACGCGUCUCAAGGCGGGACUCACCAAGGACAGCCCCCCUCUCCCGCCUCGUCGCCGGGCUCGGCAACAACCCGCAUACGACCCUGACUUCGAGGCGGCCUACGUGGCCGCUCAUCAAGAAUAUCAGGUGGCCUUCAACCAGCACCAGCAGCAGUUCAUGGAGUACAUGGCAUAUAUACAUGUAAGUUCCAACCUUUGUUUUCGCAAAUGAUGACAAGUCCCACUUUCCCCUAGUUUGAUGCUUCAUUUCUGCAAAG